AUGCGCGGCCAAUUUUCUCUCACUGCAGUUGCAGCUGUCACGGCAUCAGUGUCUGGUGCCAUUGUUCCUAUCGCGGAGCUCCGUGGUAGUGCUGGUGUGCCUGCGGAAGAAGCUAGGAUCAGUUUACCUCCGUGGUUCUUGAGUUUGGCAUCAGAGCUUGAUGUGAUCGCGCCAACUGAUACCAGUUCUGUUCUGGCUCCAUCCAGCGUCCCGGGUUCGGAUAGUUCGUCUACUUUUCCGACUGUGUCUAUCGAACCAAGUCCAGCCUCAGUUCAGUCACCCUCGGUUGACCAAACACCUCUACCCACCCAAUCGUCUCCCCCAGUUCCAUCAAGCUCAACCGAGCCUCUGAGUAGUGCGAGCCCGACAACCCCUGCUGCUCCAUCAGAUGCUCCAACAGUCAAGACGUGUCCUGGUCCCGCUCAACAGUCUCAAGACGUUUAUUGGCUCCAUGCUCAAGAUCACAAUGGCGCGGGUGCUGGAUAUGCACCUUUCACGAGCGAACCCAACAAGUAUCCUGUGUUUCGCAACGUGAUGGACUACGCCGUUGUCAAUGACGGCUCCGGUGACCAAACAGCUCGCUUGCAAAAAGCAAUCGAUGAUGAUGGCGAUGGAGGUAGCCGAAAAGGAAGUGGCGUCACUCGAAAUCCGGCCGAAGUUUUUCUACCCGGGGGUGUCUAUCAACUUGGUAGCACGCUGACGCUGACUGUCGGUACCAUCAUUGUUGGUGACCCAAGCCACCCCCCCAUCCUCAGAGCCGCGCCCAAUUUCCAGGGAGAGUUCCUCAUCAUGGGGUAUGACAAAAUGAACGGCAAUCCGGAGACUAGUUUUAUGAUGCUGGUCAAAAACGUGGUUUUGGACACCUCUGCCGUGCCCCCGAGCCAGUCAAUUACUGCAUUGCAAUGGGGUGUCGCGCAAGGUGCUGGGUUGACCAACAUCCAAGUCCGGAUGCCCACUGGAGCCAGUCGACACACGGGUAUCAAUAUCGUUGCUGGCUCGACGAUCGCAGUGACUGACGUGGUAAGUUUAAGACACCUUCAGCAAUCAGAUAAUGUCGACUAA